CCAGUGUUCUUCCUUGCUUGCCCCAAGUAUUCCAACAACAUUCCCAGGUCCCUCCCAUUUGCUCCUCUCCCGUACAAAGCAUCACCACUCCCUAGCGCAAAGAUGAUGGACUCCGAUGAUGACGAUAUCUACCCUCAAUAUGAAGGUGCAAAUGGCCGAAAAACAGCCAAUGAGGUCAAGAUGGAGGAGCCAGAAGAUGGGGAGGAAGAGGGUGAGGAGAUCGAGGAAGAUAGUGAUGACGAUGUCGACUUUAUCAUCGACGCCAAAGAAGAAAUCAAACCAGAGCCAGGAUCGUAAGUUAUCCUCCCCCCUCCCUUUAAUACCCUGCACCUCGCCUGCGCCUGCCCGUCUCAGUGUUUUUGACUGUCAUAUAAUCUCUAGUCAGUCAAAGCGAUCAACAACAUCAGGACCAGGAGCAUCAGCAACAGUAGCAACAGCAGACAUUUCCAAAUUAUCCUCUACACCUCAACCAUCUCUAAAACCAGGCACACCUCGAGACGCACGCGCGGUUUCGUCGCAACCCAACGAUCGGCCUGGCACCGAUUACCCAGCGCGACACACCUCGAAGCUCGACGUGAAUGGAAACCCGGUCCACCCGACGACGGGCAAGCCCAUCCUAUCGACCGACUUCGACACCGAUUUCCCUACCGAGUCAUCCAAGCCGUGGCGGAAACCUGGCGCUGAUAUCACGGAUUAUUUCAACUACGGAUUUGAUGAGUUCACGUGGGCGUCGUACUGCCUCAAGCAAGAAAAUAUGCCCAAGGAAAUCAAGGAGAUUAAUCAACAAGCUGAACAGAUGAAGGCCUUUGUAGAGGGAAUCCCCACUGGGGGCGGUAUGCCAGGUAUGCCAGGUAUGCCAGGAAUGCCCGGCGGUGCUGCCGGUGAUAUGUCGCAAAUGGCCAUGCCCAACGAGGCCCAAAUGCAGCAGAUGUUCGCUGCCAUGUCGUCUCAAGGCUUGGACCCUUCGACCAUGGAUCCCACUCAUUUCAUGCAGUUUAUGACCGGAGGGGGUGCUGGAAUGAUGGGCCAGAAUCAGCCUCCGACUGGACCUUCUGCUGGCUUCUCUGGGUCUGGAGGUGGUGGGUUUGACGGCGGUGGUUUCGGUGGCGGUGGUGGACGCGGCAGAGGGAAGGGAAGAAGAGGAAAUUGGUAGCACCGGCAUACCAAUUUCGCCCGAGACUCUUGACGAUCCCUCAGGCCAGCGGAAUUCAUCAUGAGUCCGUGGCUAUUGUGCAGUGAAAAGGCUCUUUAACUAGCGGCCUGGUGCCGCCUAGGCUAUCAAUCAAACGCCUACUAUCUUACCAACACUCUCGCCAAAGCUAACCAGCGGAGACGCCUACAAUUCUUUGACACUAGCUAUGCCAUAUCCUCCAACAGUCCCAGCAUGAGAGAAGGACGGAUAUUGCACGAACAGUCUCAACAUAUUCACGUAUGGAGGAGAUGAAAUGCACCUGCUGUUUGCUUCCAACCUCAGGGAGAUCAGGUCGAUUACAGAGUCCUGCUGUUCCCUAUGAAGCCUGUGCAACUGGAGCUUGUUCCAUGUUUCUAGCUCAGCUUGUGGAGCCUUACUCUGGAGAAUUUCACUUCCCCUAGUUUUGUCUCGAAGCAUCAUGGAACGCGUAUUCUGGAUUUGCGCCAAUGGCAUUGAGGAGGGUUGACCAGAGGAAAUGGUGUAAGUCAUCGAUAGGAUGCUGGCGUUGGAGCAUGGCGAUUGUACUGGUAAUGAGGAUGGGCUGGAACUCGGAAUUGAGGUGCUAAAAUUCGUCAGGAAUGAUAGUCGAGGGUCAACAAUCAUGGGUUUGGCAAACUAGACCGACCACGAUAUUGAUCAAACCUCGUUGGCGGAUCUAUAGCCGGCGGUCGUCCUCCGUCGCCGAAUUUAAUUCCCGAAAUAACACCACCUGGAACUCUUGAGGAAGGGGAUGGCUUGUUUCGGUGUGCUGGGAUCGAAGGGCGACGUUGUGCACUAGCAACACCAUGUGCCAUUUGCAAUUGAGCAUGGGUAGUCGCAGGAGGAACCUGAGAUCGAUUCGCUGCAGUGGUAGCAGUACCGGGUAAACUCAGACGAUGUCCUGGGGUAGUCCCGGUGUCCAGUCUUGCUAUACGUCGGCGUGAGGAUAGAUCCUAAUAUUCUCAGGGAGACAACUCACGGAGUCUAUUUUGCUUUGAUCUAUUCGAUGGUUGUAAGCCCACAUUUUCACGGCCUAAGACACUGCUUCCAGAUUUCUGAUGGGAAUGGAGUUGUUCAACGGGACCUGGAAACGGGCCUGGCAAGCUCCUGCGGUCGCAAUCAUUCCGAUGAUUAUGAUUCAGCGGCACGUCGGUCACGUUAUUUGAAUGCGGUGGUCGUCUCUCAGCGUCAAUGUUUUUGAGAGUAUCGUUGACAUCAACAGACGCAGCUGUCUCCAUUUCCUUGGCCUGAAAUUUCUUCUUGAGGGUGUCGUAUAGCUUCUGUGAUUGUGCCAAUUUCCUGCUCUUAUCGCGGUAUAGGUCGACCACUUCUACAUACUUUUGCUCAGCAGCUUUGAGGUCGACGUUGAGAUCUGAGACAGAUCAGUAGACUUAAAGAGCGACUUGACGGGACAUGGUUACCUGAAACUUGCGUUUGUAGGCCAUGAAUCUCUGCGUUGGCAUCGUGAACGGUUUUAUCCAGG